GUAUUUGUGGUGCGAAGUAGACAUGACAAAUUUAGGGUUGUUGACAAGUGGAAAUUUGACAGAAAAAGGUAUUUUUGUAUUCCAUGAGAAGCAUCAUUUACAAAUACCAUCUGUGUGCUGACUUAUUACACAAAAAGGGGUUUUGGUUCCAGUCAACAAACAUUGUGCUUACAAAUGGCACAAACGGGUAGCACACAACUUCAGUACUACAGGCAUGAUUAUGCUAAAGUGUGCAUGACAGGACUUCUUGGUUGCCGAUGGCACAGAUACAAACAAUCCACAAAGGGAUCUAGGAAGAGAGAUGUUGCCUACUUUGUGUUUUGUUUGCUUGUGUCCCUGUAUGUGAUAUUCUGGUUCUAUUACUGGCUGAUAGCUGCCAAUGACAAACUAAUCAUCAACGAGAAUAUGUAUGCUAAGACACAAAGUAGAUUCAACUGGUUUCUGCUAGCACUUGUGAUAUUUACUGUUUUGUUUUCCUAUGUUGUUUUACUGUUGUUGCUCAGCCUGUGCCAUAUUAUACAAGGUCAUCAACUUUACACACACCCUGUACACCUUAUUGUAAUGCUGAUUAUAUUAUUGGCAUGUAUAGCAGCAACUAUUGCCCUGCAGGAAUUAUGGGAGGAGGAAUGGUCUGUGAUAGCUCUAUCUCUCCAGGUGUUUGGUCCAUUUUUACAACUUGGUGCUGUUGGUUUUAUGACACUACUGUCAUGGGUGAUUGCAAGUAAAUGGUUUAAACUUAUAAAAUUAGAAUUGAAAUUAGGAACUAUGGUUGGAUACUGUGUAUUCAUGCUGGCCCUGUAUAUAUCUCCUUUAUUUAUAAACUCCCCUUGUGUGAUACUCGAAGAGAAUCUUCCUCAUAAACCAAAAAUGUUUGCACAUAGAGGUGCACAAUCGUUGGCUCCAGAAAAUACUGUGAUAGCGUUUGAUCUUGCGGCUCAAUAUGGGGCAUAUGGUAUUGAAACUGAUGUACAAAUUAGUUUGGAUGGAAUGUUGUUUAUUAUGCAUGACAGUACAUUACAUCGAACCACUAAUGUGGAGGAGGUAUAUCCAGAUCUUGUUUAUCAACAUUCCCCAAACUUCAAUAUGUCACAACUAGAGGAACUUAAUGCUGGCGACUGGUUUCUUAAGGCUGACCAAACUGGCAAUGUUAAAAGUCUUUCAGAUGAACAGAAAUCUGUUUACAGAAAUCAAAAAAUUCCAACAUUCCUGAAGAUAUUAGAGUUGUGUAUAAAACAUAAUUUGGCUAUGAUGUUUGAUAUAUAUAUGCCACCAAGUUCACACCCAUAUUACAAUGAUACUUACCCUACUGUAACAGAUAUUGUUAGUAUGUCAGGGAUUAAUAAAUCAACGGUAUUUUUUCCUACAUCGAGUUUUGAAGACUUCAAACCACCUGAUGGUUGGAGGAGACUUUAUGCCAGAAGAGGUGCUAGUGUAGAUUACCUACAGCAAAACAACUAUUCAGGGGUACAUGUGGAACACAUGAAUGUAGAUGCUGAGGCUUGGAGGUUGUACAGGAAGAAUAACUUGACAACGUCAGUGUACCAGGUGAACAAAGCAUGGCUAUACUCUUUCUACUGGUGCAUUGGGACAGGAUUCAUAACAACAAAUUAUUGUGAUGUCAUUUCAAAAGUAGACAAACCAAUAUGGCACAUGUCACCACGAAGUUACCUGGUGUUGUGGGUAGUGGCAGACUGUACAUCAGUCAUACUUAUAAUCAUCAUAUUCUCUGUGCAAAGGUAUAGACUUUACAGCCAUAGAUACCAUCCAGAACAGAUGUCACUCAAUUCUCAUUCCAGUGGUAGUAGUACUUGGGGACCAAAGAGGACUCGACGAUCCAUGAAGGAAAAACUUCUGAUGCGAGAUGUACAAGCAGACACUUACGAUUUUGAGCCAGACGAUGACCUUGGCAUUGAUAGCAAUGGGUACAAUGCCACAGUGACUGAAAAUGAAGGUCGUGAACUCUCACAAGCAUUCCAUAGGAGCAGUUACCAUAGCAACACAGCAAAAGACAAUGCUGAAUAUGAAACGGCGCAUGCAUACGAUAGUAACAGAGCUAGUUACUUUAGCAACAGUAAUGGUUUCCCAGGAAAUGGAAGCGAAGUUAAUAGAACUAGUUUUAUAAGUAGUGUAGAGAAUGGAGAGUUGUUUGGAGAUACCAACAAAAGAAAUAGUUAUCAGGCAACUGAUACUUUAAAUGGAGUAGAGCAUACAGAUAUUUUUCCAAAUGGAACUGCAGACCUAAAUCUUAAUAGCAGCACAAACACAUAUCAAAGUGAAACAGCGUUUACAUGAUGUUUGCAUUUUUCUUUUUUAUGUUGUUAAAGCAAUAUAUUUUGUAAGGCUUUUUUGUCCAUGUCUUUCUAUGUGUUACUGAUAUUUUGUUGUAAAAUGCAUGUUGAGUGCUAUAUAUGUAAGAAGUGUUGAAGAUAUAUACAUGUAUUUCAUUUCCAUAAUCAAGUUAGAGAUAUAAAUGUGUUCAAAAGCAGAAAUAUUUUUUUCUAAGUUUCAGAACAUAAGUUUUGAAGGAAAUUUUGAAUGGCCAACACUCUUUUUUGUAAGUUUGUAUAGAAGUAGAUCUAUAGGGAAAUUGUCUUUUUUAAUGUUGGGUAUACUAAUAUCUCUAAUCACAUUCAUCGGUUUAUAUUACACAGUCUUCUAAAUGACAGUUAUUAAUUACUUUCUAUCUCCAACACAAAAGCUAAACUUUAUAUAUUACCAGCUGCCUCUGUGGCUUAAUGGUUAAGAUCCCUGACUUUGAAUCCCUAACCUUUCACAGUUACUGGUUUGAAACCAUAUUUAGGGUACAGAAUGCUUUCAUAUAAAGAAGCUAUCCAGCUGAGUUAUGGAAGGUCAGUGGUGGUACCUACCCAUACCUGAAACGAUGCACAGAGACACAACUGGAGUGGAAUCUUCAUCCACCAUUAAAAGCUGGAAAGUUGCUUUAUGGUCUUGUCUUGUGUUAGUGUUUCAUUAAAACCCAAGAAAACAAAGUAAAUAACAUUUCCUUUAGUGCCAUUUUUCUGAUUUUUGAACUCUUUUAUAACUAAGAUAACCAAGAUUACUCACUGAUGAUGUAGCUUUAAUUCACCAUGUCAUUGAGUUCAAUAUAUUUUUGCCCAUAACCACCAUUUAUUAUGUCUCCCCAUGUGCGAGGAGAUGUAUUGAUUUUGAGCUGUCAGUCAGAGAAAUUUGUACUACUUGAAGGAUUCAACCAAACUUUGUAAGAAAGUGUAGUACCAAAGCUAGUAGUUGCAAAUGUGAAAACUACAGCUAAUACUACUUAUUACUAGUAUAAGGGACACUGCACCACAACAUGGCUUGCAACAUAGCUGUCCAAGGUGGCCUCCAAGGCCGAGUGGUUACGGUUGCUUGCUUCGAAUUGGGUUUGAAACCUCACUUUGGGUGUGAUAAAGCCAUCCAGCUGGCUUCUUAAAGGCUGGCGGUUAUACCAGGUGCCCGUUUGAGAAGAAAUAUUGCCUUGAAGGUUACUUAGGGAUUUCCAUCACCAUCUAAUGUUUGGAAAGUUGCCAAAUGACAUAAAUUGUGUUAUUGUAACUCUAAACCCACCUAACUAGAGGCCUGUACUGCUUCUUCCCAGGAAAGACGGCUUCGCGUGUAUCGGUGCUAUACACCGGGCACGUUAAAGAACCAGACUGUCUAUUCGAAAAGAGCUAGGCUAAGUUAGCCGGACACGUCUGUAUCUGGAAAGUUCUCUCUGUCUGUUCUGGGGGCUUUAUCUCAGUCUGUCCCUCUGGUCAGAUCGCUCUGUGUCUGUACUAGUAGAGGAUGAUUAUGUGUUUAUCAUGAAAAGGGCACUAUAUAAAUCUGGUAUAAUAAUAAUAAAAACAUAGCUGUCUAAAGAAGCCUUUAAAGGCUCUUCAAGUGUUAAACUUAGAAUGACUGCCAGUUUUCUGUAGAAGACCCGAGUAUAUUGAUUUUGGGGUCAAAGGUCAUAGUGAUCCCAAGACUUAAAAUUGUUUUGUUUCAAAACUGAAUAGCCAAUUUGCCUACAGCUGUCAAAAUUUAUGAGAUGACUGCUUGGGUCAGUAAUUGACCUCUGUUGCUUUAAAUCAAAGGUCAAGAUCACAGUAAUCUUGAGAGGAUAUUUUUUAGAUUAAUUUUAUCACGGGCGGGCACCUGGGUAGAACUAACAACCUUCGGAAGCCAUCCAGCUGGCUUAUGGAAGAUCGGUGGUUCUACCUAGGUGCCUGCCCAUGAUGAAAUAAUGCUCAGAGGGGCACCUGGGGUCUUCCUCCACCAUCAAAGCUGGAUAGUCACCAUAUGAUCUAAAUUAUGUCUGUGUUAAAGCCCCACCACUCCUCCCCCAAAAAAAUUAAAUUAAAAAAAUGACUAAAGAACAUCAAAGCUACUGCCUUAAACUUACAGAAUUAUUGCAUGUCAUCAGUAAUGUCAGUAAUCAAUUGAUGAACGAUAUUGCUUUGGAGGUCAAAGGUCAAGGUUACAGUGGUCUAGAUGUUACAGAUUGUUUUUGCUCCAUAACUGAAUUACCAUUGGGACUACAGUUGUAAAUAUUUAUGGGAUGAUUUCUUGGGCCACUAUUUGACCCUUACUGACUUGAGAAUUCCUGGUCCUAAGGCUGCCAAACUUUAUUUGAUUGUUGUUUAUCAUUAGUAGAGAUUAAUAAUGGAAGGUCAAGUUCACAUUUUCUUUUUUUCUGAUCAAUGUCAAAUUGUUGAGGUGAUAUAUAAGGUAUAUAAAAAAAAUUCACAGUGACUUCGAGUCUGAAAAUUGUUUAAAUUCAAUAACUGGAAAUUCUGAGACCUACAACAUUUAAAUUUAACACGGUGAUUGCCUGUGGUCAAUAGAUAAUCUGUGUAGUUUUUGUGGCCAUUAGGUCAAGGUCAAGGUGACAGUAUAUGUAAAGGCACUGGCCUCCAGAUUGUACGACAACAAAAAAAAAAUAGAAUUUUUUUUAUGAAUGAGGAAGUUAUUGCUAUUUUUUCUAUGAAUCAGGAAGUUAUUGCUUUAUUUCUUAAGAAAGCUUUGAAACUUAAUUACUGACAGACUAUAUGUUAUGGAAGCACAUGAGAAUUUGUUUCUUUUACUAUUUUUUACCUUGAAAAUUGAAAAGUGUUCGUAACGCUUUACUCGAGGUAAACUGCCUUAAUUAUAAAUAUCUAUAUUCAACGAUCAAUAAAUACAUAUUCCUUCAUGGUGUAUUGGUAAAAACGGGGCAAGUUUUUAUUGCCAUGGCGGGCCAGGUUCGAUUCCCGACUCUGGCAUCUUUAUAGUUCUUGAUUUGGCAUUUUUUGGAUAGUUUAAAAACAAAAACUCAUUCUAAUGUUCAUAAUAUGACCAAACUUCAAUUUUAAAGAAAGGUCAUUAUCAGCCAAAGUCUGGAAGUCAGUGCUUUUACUGAAAAUUACAUUUCUAGUUUCUCCUGACAGGUCAUCAUACAUUCAGCUCUUAUACAGCUUUUCCUGAUUAGUUAUGCUUGCAUAUAAUUUCUUCGAUAUAAUUUUGGUCAUUUUCCUUUCUAUUGUGUAAUAAAUAAAUUUGAUCACAAACAUGGUAUUUGGUUUAUUUUUAGCUCACCAGAGCACAAAUUGCUCAAGGUGAGUUUUUGUGACUGGUGAUUGUCCGUCGUCUGUCAACAUUUGCCUUGUUAACACUCUAGAGGCCACAAUUGUGAGCCAAUCUUUAUGAAACUUGGUCAGAAUGUUUGUACAGAUGAUCUCUAGGUCAAUUUCGAAACUGGGUCAUGUAUGGUCAAAAACUAGGUCAGUAGGCCAGAUCAAAUGAAUAUCCCUUUUAACACUCUAUAGUCCACAGUUAAAGUUUGAAUAUUUGUCUUGAUAACCUCUAGGUCAAGUUUGAAUCUGGGUCAUGUGGGUGAAAAACUAGGUCACCCAGUCAAAUCAAAGGAAAAGCUUGUUAACACUUUAAAGUCAACAGUUGUGACCAAAUCUUUAUGAAACUUGGUCAGAAUGUUUGUAUAGAUGAUUUCUAGGUCAAUUUUGAAACUGGGUUAAGUGGGGUCAAAAACUAGGUCAGUAGGCUAGAUCAAAGGAAAAUCUUGUUAAAGUUAAAGUUUGAAACUCAUGAGAAUUGGUCAGAAUGUUUGUUUUGAUGACUUCUAGGUCAAGUUUAAAUCUGGGUCAUGUGGGGUCAAAACUAGGACAGAAAGCGAGAUCAAAGGAAAUCUUGUUAACACUUUAGACUAAAGUCCACAGUUUAAUUUUGAAACUCAUGAGAAUUGGUCAGAAUGUUUGUCUUGAUGACUUCUAGGUCAAGUUCGAAUCUGGGUCAUGUGGGGUCAAAAACUAGGUCACCCGGUCAAAUCAAAGAGAACACUUGUUAACACUCUAGAGGCCACAGUUGUGACCCAAUCUUUAUGAAACUUGGUCAGAAUGUUAGUCUUGAUGAUCUCUAGUUCAAAUUUGAAACUGGGUCAUGUUGGGUUAAAAACUAGCUCAGUAGGCCAGCUCAACUCUAGUGAGUGAUAUAGGGCCAUCAUGGCCCUCUUGUUUCUUUUCAUCUGUCUCCAAACAUUAUGUAUUUUUGACAUAGCUAGAUAUUGCAUAUCAAUUCACGUUUUCAUUUGAAUGAAGCAGUAUGGGGGGAGAUAUUUGUUUUCUCUAAAAGCAAUUUCUAGUUUUCGUUACCAAAGAGUCUUCUGUAUAGGAAUAGUAUCUUUGUUGAUAGUCGUUGAUGUAAUUAUGGUUCUUUUAUAUAUUGCUUGUUAUAUUUAAGAAAAGUCUAAAAGCAAAGGCUGAGGUAAUGCUUGUAAUGUUGUUUUGUCCAGGAGCAUCGGAAUCCUUACAUUAUCCUAAACAUAUUGCAAUUCUGUAUACAGUCCAUUCAUCAUCUGUUAGCCAGUGAUUUGUUUUUAAUUUGUGUUUGGCUUGUUGCAGAAGUAUUUUAAAUUUGAGUAAACGUCAAACAAAUUAUAUUCAUCCUGUUACUCUGUAAAGUAUCUAAGACAUAGUCCGGUUUUGAACCUGACUUGACAAAGAAACAUUGUGAAGCAACAUUGAAUGGAAACAUUUGACCAGUUGUCGUACCACCACAACUACCACAAAAUGUUUUACAAGCAAUGCUAAAUAUGACUUUUACUUUGUCAGUAAGUGCAUUUGAAUCCAUAUUUACUAAUGCUCACACACAGUGCUACUUACAUGUGAACUGAACGUUGCAAAUUAGUCAUGUGUAUAGCCCAUGUGCAGUUGUUUUUGUUGUUGAGACAGGAUAACAGUUACUACCCAUCUCUGAUUGUUUGCAUGUGUUACAUAUUGUUUUUGCCCUGUUCGUCCGUCCGUCCUUCCAUUUGUCCGUCCGUACGUACGUCACACUUCAUUUCCGAGCAAUAACUGGAGAACCAUUUGACCUAGAACCUUCAAACUUCAUAGGGUUGUAGGGCUGCUGGAGUAGACGACCCCUAUUGUUUUUGGGGUCACUCCGUCAAAGGUCAAGGUCACAGGGGCCUGAACAUUGAAAACCAUUUCCGAUCAAUAACUAGAGAACCACUUGACCCAGAAUGUUGAAACUUCAUAGGAUGAUUGGUCAUGAAGAGUAGAUGACCCCUAUUGAUUUUGGGGUCACUCCGUCAAAGGUCAAGGUCACAGGGGCCUGAACAUUGAAAACCAUUUCCAAUCAAUAACUAGAGAACCACUUGACCCAGAAUGUUGAAACUUCAUAGGAUGAUUGGUCAUGAAGAGUAGAUGACCCCUAUUGAAUUUGGGGUCACUCCGUCAAAGGUCAAGGUCACAGGGGCCUGAACAUUGAAAACCAUUUCCAAUCAAUAACUAGAGAACCACUUGGCCCAGAAUGUUGAAACUUCAUAGGAUGAUUGGUCAUAAAGAGUAAUUGACCCCUAUUGAUUUUGGGGUCACUCUAUCAAAGGUCAAGGUCACAGGGGCCUGAACAUGGAAAACCAUUUCCGGUCAAUAACUAGAGAACCACUUGACCCAGAAUGUUGAAACUUAAUAGGAUGAUUGGUCAUGCAGAGUAGAUGACCCCUUACCAUUUUGGGGUCACUCCGUCAAAGGUCAAGGUCACAGGGGCCCGAACAUUGAAAACCAUUUCCGGUCAGUAACUUGAGAACCACUUGACCCAGAAUGAUGAAACUUCAUAGGAUGAUUGGUCAUGCAGAGUAGAUGACCCCUAACGAUUUGAGGGUCACUCUGUUAAAGGUCAAGGCCACAGGGGCCUGAACAUGGAAAACCAUUUCCAAUCAAUAACUUGAGAACCUCUCGACCCAGAAUGUUAAAACUUCAUAGGAUGAUUGUUCAUGCAGAGUAAAUGACCCCUAUUGUUUUGGCGUCACUCCGUUAAAGGUCAAGGUCACAGGGGCCUGAACAUUGAUAACCAGUUCCGAUCAAUAACUUGAGAACAACUUGACCCAGAAUGUCUAUUGAUUUUGGGGUCAGUCUAUUAAAGGUCAAGGUCACAGUGGCCUGUUCAUGUAAAAUCAUUUUUUGGAAAUAACUUGAGAACCUCUUUACCUACAAUGUUGAAACUUAAUAGGAUGAUUGGACAUGCAGAGUAGAUGACCCCUAUUUAUUUUGAGGUCACUUGAUCAAAGGUCAAGGUCACAGGAGCCUGAACAGUGACUUGAGAACCACUAGGCCAAGAGUGUUGAAAUUUAGCGGGAUGACUGGACUUUCGAUCCUGACCCCUAUUGACUUCUUGCCUAUAGGACUUUGAAUUGGGGGAGACAUGCGCUUUUUUUACAAAAGCAUUUUCUAGUUGUUAAUUGGAGUUGCUUGGCCAACCUGGCAGUGAUGAAACUAUCAAUAUUUGCUGGGAAGGCAGCAGUUUUUUUCCCAUGGUUUCAGUAGAAUUUGAAGUAACGUAUAUGAUUAGGCUUGAAUCAAACUUAAAUUAUUGAUGCUGUUCACAGGAACUUUAAGGCUGUCAAAAUGAUAAAGAUUUCCCAUUGUCUUGUUAUACCUCGGUGCAUGUUAAAUCGCUGUAGAGGUGUGUUUGGCCUUAAAUAAAUGAAGUCUGUUUUAUUAAUUCCAUUACAAUUUGUUUACAUGUUAACACAUCAACUUAAUCUAAAUUAAACUUCUGAUAUUGUUGACAGUGAUUUUGAAGCUCUCAGACCAUUGUCUUGUCAUACUGCAGAGCGAUAUAUUCAGUACCUUUAGCUGUAGGAACAAUGGCCUAGCACAGAUGAAAUCUGGUCUAUUCAUUCCAUAACAUUUUAGUCUAUUACACUUUAUGGGGAUUAGAUUUUCUGAGCCACAACUGACUGGUUCUCCACAUGUGUUUUACUGAGAACGUUCCCACAUUUAUUUAUCAGAGGUUUACCACGAAUUAAUUCAAUAUUGAAACAUUUUGUUUUCUAUCAAAUCAAAUACAUUUUAAUGUUGAUUAAAUGUUGAAAAUAUACACAUGUUUUAUUUAUUUACAGAAACAGAUUUCAUCCUAUUUUUAUCACAGCAACAUAAAGAUAUGUUUCAAAAAAGAGAUUUACAGUAGAAUGUUACAUUCACCAGUUUCAUUCCAGUGCAACAUUUCCAGAUAAAAGAUUACGUUUAUUAAAACACGAAGUGUAAAUACUAUAAGUGAAAAUUAAUUUUCUUCAGAUUUACUGCGAUGGACAAUUAAACAAGAGUAUUUUGCGUUUUUAUUGCAAUGUGUUUUAUGCGUAUUUAACACUGUUUUUGUAGCUAUUAAAAUAAAAGAAUUUCAAUCA